AGGGAAGACACUUCCUCUGGUGGUAGACACUUGCCUUGCUAGAUGACUUCUGCCCACUGAGAGUGAAGUCUCUUACUGCAGAGUCCUGCAGUCCCUCUGAAUUCUGCAGAUCCCUGUUAUCGGCCGAAAAGAAUCCUCUACUUGCGGAGUGAGUGGGUCAGACUCCAGGAUGUCCUCCUACAGAUGUCAAGAGAAGGGAGUGCUGAGCAGUCAUGAUUGUGUCCUCAUUUACAAAUCUGAGACAGAGGGAGAUGAAAGCCCCACUCCUGACAGCAGCCUGAUCAGGCUCACCACCAGUAUGUUGAAGGUGAAGAGGCUGGAAGAAAUCAGCUCGUGCCACAGCAGCAACCCGCUGGAGAAGGUGGCGUUUUUCCAGUGCAUGGAGGAGGUGGAGAAGGUGAAAUGCUUCCUGGAGGAGAAUUCGGGGGAUCUGGACCUGCAGUCUGGAGACAAUGAGGCUGAGGAAAAUGUAUGGUCCAACCGUGCACUAGAUGAAAGGAUAAUUGUCAAAGGAGGAAGGACAUCAGCCCUCACAGAGAAAACUGACCAGAAUGACCAAUUCUCUUCCGAGAAAGAAAAGAUUACCAAACUUAACAAGAAAAAUUCAGAGAAGACCAGUGCAUUAGAAGUGCAGAGGAGUUGUGUCAUAUGUCACGUGGAAAGACAAGACAAGAUAGAAUUUGUUCAGAGGAAUUCCACAGAGCUAAGAGAGAAUGCAGGUGCAAAAGAUGCUCCAUGCAUAGAAAGUCUGGAGAAACAAGAAAGCAACAACCUGAGAGAUAAACAAGACACUGAAGAUAACAAUGGAGGAGAAAAUGGGAUUUCUUCUAAGGACGAUUCCAGAGGAGUAGAAGCUGAGAACAGAGCUUCAGCAGCUGCAAGUGGAGCAGUGCUAGACAAACACUCGACUGAAAGCCAGCACACUGAGGACAUGAAUGGUGACCCGUCCCAUGAAAGGUGCAUCAGUAAUAUAAAGACCACUUCUACACCAGGAAUCCUUGGAAAUUCAGCAUCAGGAUCCACUUUCCAGAAUGCUGAACAGACAGAGUCUACUGGCAGCAGUAAGCGCAGGGUGGCAGAGGAGUGCUUCCUCAGUGAGGACAACAAAAAGAGCAGAAUAGAUGUAGUGAGAAGAGGGGAAGAGCCCACAGCUAGGACAGAGGAAACCAGGCAAGCCAGAAGCCUGGGUGAUAGACUCCAGGAUGGAAUGACCACCUCUAGAGAGCAAGACCUGGAGGUCCCACUGGAUGACAUCCCUGCUCCUGCCGCUCCAUUUGAUCAUCGGAUGGUAAUGGCCAAACAUGCUUCAGUGGACAAUCUGUACACCGUGAGCAAAUCUGAGAUCCUAGGAGGGGGGCGUUUUGGUCAGGUACAUAAGUGUGAAGAGAAAGCAACAGGCCUGAAGCUGGCUGCUAAAAUCAUUAAGACUAGAGGUGCAAAGGACAAGGAGGAUGUGAAGAACGAGAUCAGCGUCAUGAACCAGCUGGACCACGUGAACCUCAUUCAGCUCUAUGAUGCCUUUGAGUCCAAGCAUGACAUCAUCCUUGUCAUGGAGUAUGUGGAGGGUGGGGAGCUCUUUGACCGCAUCAUUGAUGAAAACUGCAACUUGACAGAGCUGGACACCAUCCUGUUCAUGAAGCAGAUCUGUGAGGGGAUACGGUACAUGCACCAGAUGUACAUCCUCCACUUGGAUCUCAAGCCUGAGAACAUCCUGUGUGUGAAUCGGGAUGCUAAGCAAAUAAAAAUUAUUGAUUUUGGAUUGGCCAGAAGAUACAAGCCCAGAGAGAAGCUGAAGGUGAACUUUGGAACCCCAGAAUUUCUUGCCCCUGAAGUUGUGAACUAUGAUUUCGUUUCCUUUUCUACAGAUAUGUGGAGUGUGGGCGUCAUCACAUACAUGCUACUCAGUGGCUUGUCCCCCUUUUUGGGAGACAAUGAUGCCGAGACACUGACCAACAUCCUGGCGUGCCGGUGGGAUUUAGAAGAUGAGGAAUUUCAGGAUAUCUCGGAGGAGGCAAAGGAGUUCAUCUCCAAGCUCCUGAUUAAGGAGAAGAGUUGGAGAAUAAGUGCCAGCGAAGCUCUCAAGCACCCAUGGUUGUCAGACCACAAGCUCCACUCCAGGCUGAGUGCACAGAAGAACUGCAACUCUGGUGUUCUGAACCUCACGACCAAAUAAUCCAUGAAAGGAGCCUAUUCAAAAGGAAAACUGCUGCGGUUGCUGCUGCUUUGAGAAGGCUUUUGGAAAAAUCAGCAGUUCUGGUGCCUUGACCCCUGGGAUGACUGGCAGCCAUAGCAUGGGCAGCCUUGAACUUGAACUUGGAAAGGCUUUGCUGUGCUCAGUGGGUGACCCAGGGCUGCUCCCUAGGGGCCCAGGCAGAUGCCCACAUCCCACUUAGUGUUCAGAGGGGAAGAUGUUUCUCUGCCUUUUUGGCUUCUUGUGUUUCAAUGUUUGUUUUUAGUUUGGGAUGUUAGUGGGGCAGCGGAUAUGUUAGGCUGUUUCUUG